GGGUUGGCCAGCGCGCCUGUCACUCAGCGGCGCGGCGGCGCGCUGCCGGCGCGACGGCUGCCGGCGCUCGCAGCAUCCAGAGAACAGGGCCUUGAAGUGGGGAGCUGCUCUGUGAAUACUGUAACUGUCAGGCUGCUUAUGCGUAACAUGAAGGCCAGCAGAGCUGCACAUGUGCCAGUGGUGCUUUCACGCUGCCCUGAGGAGAUUCCACCAACUGUGGUCAGCUGGUCUUUCACUGCAGCGGCCUGUGGCAGCACCAGGUGUCCAGUGAGAGGCUCAUGCCUGAUUAGAUCAGCUGACAGCAAGGAGGAACACACGUGGAAGCCAGAGUGCCCUUUGCAGCAAUGAGAUACCUCACCCGCCCACUGCUCGUGAGGUUCUUGGGUCUCUCGUCUCGAUGUGUGUCAGUAGGGUUGAGUCAAACUAAAACUCUUAUGCUCAGCCCCAAGCAGUUGUCUCUGAGGCAGAGCUUCAGCACAAGAGCUGGGCUGGUGACUGCUGUUGAUGUGGUCAAAUACUGGCAAAAGGUGUUUGAGACAAAUGGGAUCCCUGAAGCACAGGAAUCCAGUGAAUACAUUGUGUCCUUUGUCCUGGGAGCAAAAACAUUGCAGAGCUUGAACUCCAAAAUCCUUUGCGCUCCACUUACAGCAGUGCAGCAGGAGCGGAUCCGGCAGCUGAGCACCAAGCGACUACAAAGGAUGCCAGUGCAGUAUGUUCUUGGCGAGUGGGACUUUCAGGACCUGACUCUGAAGAUGAGACCCCCGGUAUUUAUUCCUCGGCCUGAGACAGAGGAUCUUGUCUCUUUAGUGGUGGAGGAAGGAUCUCAGAAGUGUGAGGAGAAGAAUUCAGGCCUCCUCUACCCAGCUGCUGCCCCUCAUCCUGUGAUCCUGGAGAUUGGCUGUGGCUCUGGAGCAAUUGCUCUGAGCCUGUUGUGCAAACUGCCGCAGAGCCGGGUGAUAGCUGUGGAUAAAGAGAAGGCUGCUGUGGAUCUCACCAGGGAGAAUGCACAGAGGCUGCAGCUCCAGGACCGGAUCCACAUCCUUCACCAUGAUGUUUCAUCCAGUUCUGCGAAGCAGCUGCUGCCUUGGGGGCCUGUGGACUUCAUAGUCAGUAACCCGCCGUAUGUCUUCUAUGAAGACAUGGCAUUCCUUGCUCCAGAGAUCUUCCGCUAUGAGGACCUCAAUGCACUGGAUGGGGGAGAUGAUGGGAUGAAAGUCAUCAGAACAAUCCUGGCUCUGGCUCCUUCUCUUCUGAAGGAUUCUGGGAGUGUGUUUCUGGAAGUUGAUCCCAGACACCCAGAGAUGGUGGAGAACUGGCUACAGACACACCCCAACUGGCUACUCACCCUUUGUGCCAUUCACAAGGACUUCUGUGGCAAGCCUAGGUUUCUGCACAUCCAAAAACAAAGCAGGUGAUAACUGUACCUGAAACAACAGUCUUCCAGUAUGCUUCUCCCUGGUGAGCCUUGCUGAAAAGCUUGUUGAAAAUUCUGCGUGGCAGAAGGACUCUCCACUGCAUUUCCCAGUGCUUUGACCUCUCUGUACAGUGGCAGGCCUCCUCACUUCCUGUUACAGUCUUCAUCUGGAGCUGCAGAGGAUCAACAGAGACAAACUAAGAUAGAAACAUGCAGAAGUGGUUCACCUUCCUCAGGGAACCAUAUACAACUUUUUAGUUCUGUGCUAAGUGACUCAUUAAUCUCAGGACCCAAUAUGGAAGAGUUCAGAGUUCUAGUUAUUUCAUUAUAUUUCUAGGACGACAAAUUUCAAAGAGAUGCUUAAACAUACAGCUUCUCAACACAGCAGAUGGCAUGUUGACCUAGAAGAAAUUUCACAAUUUUUUUUGUUCUGUUUUUGCCUUAAGAGAAAUUUAAGAAAAUGUGACCAGACUGUAUGAUGGGUCCGAACUGUGGCUUAUCCUGGUGCAUAGUUGUGUGGGUAUAAAGGGACAUGACUAAUCUGCACACUUCAGAUUCAGUUUUGUUCCAGGAUCCUGAUGCUUUGGAGUGGCUCUCCACUAGUAAAGCAACCCAGUCCCACUGAGUGGCAUGUCACUGAAGGAUCAAUGCACAUGUUACACCAUGAUUGCUUAGGAGAGACAGAGUUCUACAGUUCAGAUAAAGUCAUUUCAAGGUGGACUUGGGAAGAGAUCAGACCAGAAUUUACUGAUGCAUUUGCCCCUUCUUUUGGAAUGUUCUUGUUUGGGCUAGAAGGGAAAAGCUUGCAUCUGCACAGCUGUGGGUCACAGCUGAAAAAGCACCUCCUCCUAUCACGUGUUUUCUUUCCAGAUUCCUGGCUGUAUAGGUCACUGACUCAAGAGAAAGGAAGGAGCUCUCUUGGUAUUGUUAAAACCAUCUGAAUGUACGGCACCUAACAUGUUGUGGAUGCUGCCAGAAACAAACAAUACAUCAUAAUAAAGGUAAUGCUUCACGCAGGUGAAACCGGGUCUCAGAUCAGUGUUCCUUACAAGAACUGCUGUGCAAUCAUGUUUUCAAAUGUGCUAGCAGAGCUGAAUAAACACCUGGGAUCCAUGCAUUGCUUCUGAUAGCAAUACCGGACUUCUGUGUAAGGCGUUUAAACCUAAGACUUUACAAAGGAGGUCAGUAUCACUACCUCAGUUCCACAGAUGGAGAAAUCAAAGAAAGGGAGGUGAAAUGACUUGUACAAAAUUUGGCAGCAGGCUUAGUUUGGAAUAGGGACCAGUCUCUUGACAGCCAUGGAAAUAGCUGAAGUCUCUUUCUUUGCCUGGGAAAGGUGACUCAGAGUCAACACUGAGAGCAAAGCUGAGGGAAGUUCCUCAAAUGGACAGUCAAGAUCAUGACGUUAUAAAUAAUGGAAUGAUUAAAUCCAAGCUGCUGCUGCUUGUUGCUGUUGUUUCCUCAUGUGGCAAGUUCCUUUCCUGACCAAAGCUAACCAGGGAAGGAAGGAAAGAAACCAAACCAAAGGAUUUGAUGAACUGGUCUGAAUGGAAGCAUUUGCUGGGCCAACGGAGGGCUGUGUUCCAUCCCCUGCCGCCCCCUCAGCUGGUGCUGGGAAGAGCAGCUGAGUUUAGCUCACUGUUCCUGGAAGUCACCGAGACACUGAGCAUUGAGAAACCAGCAUGCUCCGGAGCAGGAUCUGCCUGAAUGGAAAAGAUGAGCUGAUCUUCAUCCCUCGCCUUCUCUAGCCUGGAUUAACUCUCGCUGCACCAAAAGGCACUGUGUUGCUCUUUGCUGUGAUCUUUUAAAAAGGGACAAAGGCUUUAUUCAUCGGAGUCAGGUGUUUGGGAGCCGAUCUGAAAGGCAAUAUCACAUCAUGGGCAAAACGUAUCCCUUAUGUAACUCAGCUUCAACAGAUUUAUGCCAGGGCCACCUUUUAUUUUUUAUAUCUUGCCUGGCAAAACUGAAGCACAAGCAGCUGUUCAGCCAGGCAGACUUCUCUGGUGGCCAGCCCUUCCCCAGGCUCUGUGCUUCAGUAAGGAAAGUGCCUUCUGGAGCAGAAGAGCUGGAGCAAGGGAUCAGGCCAUAUUACAGAUUGCUGCUCUAACUUCUGUAUGAUCAAAGACCUGAGACCAGCUUUGGAGAGUUUUACUGAGUAAAUCAAAUGUGGCACGUCCAAACCGGAGGGAGGUCCGUGCCGCCGAGCGUGGAAUGCGGACUGGCACCGCGGGGGGAAAUUCCCUUCCGACGCCGGAGCCAAGCUGGCAGGUGCCGUGCAGCCUGGGGCGCCCAGGGAAGGCAGACUGCAGGCUCUGCUGACAAACCGAGAUGGGCAGCUGGAGGAGUGGCACACGAGCUCUGGUUUGUGUCAUCUGAAUGGUCUACACUGAAAGUGAAAAGUGUAGCUCUUCACUUUGUGACAGAGUCAACGGCUUCUGCAACAAAGCGUUUCCCCACUAAUUUAGUGACCAAACUCUUCCUCCCAGCUAGUUCUCGCUAUCCUGAGGCACUGUGGUUAUUACGACAUUUGCACGCUCCGGCUUGGAACCGCUGUUUGUGAACACCCCUGAGUCAGCAGCCCGGCAGGUCACGCUCACCCUGCUCUUCACUCGUACGGAUCUGAUCAGCCAGCAAAGUUUAUUGCAUGCAGCUGAAAGGCUUCAACCUCUUCUGCUCAUGGAAGGAAGAAAGUAAUGCACAUUCCCCAUGUUGGCACCAUAUGGGGCUGCUUAGCCCCCAGCUGUUUCACCGCGUUCCAGCACCCCGCAGCGCUAUAUUGUGUGUGUUCGUUGCAGAGCGUCGCCCGGCCCUGCUCAGCCUUCGCAGCACAGGCAUGGAGGGAAAGAAAUUAGAGGACUGAAUUGAAACGAGCCUUAGAAAAAUAUAAGGAGUAUUCCCAAACCAAAGGCACUCCCCAUUCACUAUAUGACAGAGAAGCCAGGGAAAUAGUUUCAAAAAGACUUACAGAGAUUUUACGAAAAAUUCCCUGUGAGUAAUGUAAUUAGGUCAUGCUUUAGGCUUUUCAGGCUUAGGUUUUAAUCAUAAAAAUACCUUUUAUCGCUGUUUAACUAUUUCAGAUGUGUGCCAAUGCAUAGCAUGUGCACUGUGUAACAAACGCUUCUUCAACUUAUAGGCUUGGAGGUAGUGUUUUGAACUCUGCCUCUGCAAGGUUUGGCAAUGAACGCUAUGGCACUUGCAUGAUGGGAAGAAUUGUUGCCAAGUUGGGUAACUUCUGACAAGUAUAAACACAGCUCUGCUUUCUGUAAACUAGAUUUCAAAUCAUAUUGCUGCUCCUGAUGAAGAGACAGACCUGACAUUUAAAUAUGCCACCUUUUUGAUUAGCUAUUAAACCUUCUCUGUGCUGGUUUGCAUUGAGUGAGCCUGUAAAGAACAUAGAGCAAGGGAGCAGCAAACACCGUGGGGUGGGGUAGGGUGGGGUGGGGUGGGUGCCCCAGGAGCUUUACUUGGGUCUGGCUGUCUCUUUGUCACAAAUAUAGCCCAGAUUUGUUGUUUCUAAGAGCUGUCACCACUGAAAGAUCUGUGUUAGCCAAUGUGAAAUGGGUUUGCUGAGACCAGCCCAGGUUUGCCUGCCCAGUUCUCCAUGGACUCAGGUUUACACCCUGAAAUGGCAUUGCAGAUGUACCAACUGGUGUAUUUGCAGGCAAGUUCAAGAGAAGGCAGAACUUUACAGUGCACAAUGCCCUUUCCUUUCUCUCUUAAUGAAGACAUGUCCAGGCCAGGACUUGUGUGUGCUGGUGGGGUAGUAUGCGAAGGAAAAGUCUUCUUAUAUUAAGCUGCACUUGAGCGUUAUGGUUUCCUGUAUAACACCUUUCUGUCAUGCCAUUCAAAUCAAAAUUAUGCCAGGGAUAAAAUCCUUGCCUGUAAAACCUGGAAUAUUAAAUUGGCCAAGUUCAGCCCUGAAGUAAAUUCCCAUCGUGCUCAAUGGGAAACAAGCCUGGAUUUAGCCCAUUUUGUUUUGCAGGUUUCACAGGCAGGGCUGAUUCAGUAAUAGCAACACUUCUCCAACAGCUGCGAUCGGAAAAGUUGCAUUAUAGCUUACAGAUCAAGGCAACCACAUGAUUCAGUUACGCAGACUGCCAGGCUGGGGUCCAAGAAACUUAAGUCCCGGCUGAGCUGUGCCAGCGAUUUUUGGUUGAUCAGCUCAUCCUUUGUGCUUCCACCUGACAUAUUUUUAUCAUAAGUUUUGGGGAGAUAUCAAGUCUCUGAUUAUGUUGGAGAGUAUCUAGUAUCUCAGUAGCCAGUAUGAUUUCAGGUUUUUCUUGUCCCUGUAAUUGAGUACGAUCGGGUAAAUGUAUUUCCUGCAUAGGUAGAAUGCUCUCAAAAUACCUGUGUUUAUAAGGACUGAUAUCAUUUUUUGCACCUCGAAUUUGAGCUGCUGUGAAGCGCAGUUAUACUGCAGUUAGGAAGCAGUGUUAUUUCAGGAAAAAAAAAAAACUUGCCAGUAAGCACCGAGAAAGAAGAACAAGGAGAUGGGAGUAGUUUCAGUUGCCCAAAGGAAAACCCUCUUCUGCAAAUCUAGGUCUGCCAAGGGCUGGGAGCAGUUCUGCCUUAAUGCCUUCCUCUGCUGGGAUAGGACUGCUCUCUCUGGGGUUGGUCUUGUCUGUAUUUAAAUUACUCAGAUGCGAAUGAUGCUGUAGGAAUGCAAAACCAGCCCUGUGUGGAGCUGACCUUCGGGCCAUCCAGCCCAACUCCCAGCCAUCCUGUUCCCAGCUGCGGCCACUACCAAAUGAUUCGAAGGAAAAUGCAAAGACUAAACCACAAAUGAUUUGCAAUGUAACUUCCUUUUUCUCAGUUCUCAUCCUCCCCUUUAACAAAUAUUAGUGAAAGCUCUGAAGCAUUGUUACUUUCCCUCACCUUUUCGCAUCUGAAAUCCUUCUGAACGAUUAUGUUGGGAUUAACUAUGAUGUUAUUAUGUAGAACCCAGACUGUAUGUUCCUUACAGGAAUCUUUUUCCUAGUUUCCUUUUGAGGAGUAUUGCCCAGGCUAAUGGAUGCAGCUAUUAGAAUGAUUUUUCCUCUGUCUGGGCUACAUUUUCCUUACCAGUAACCUUUUCAUCUGAAUAAUACAGCCUUUUUUCAAUUUAAAAAGAAUCUAGCUCUGGCUAAAAUUUUGCUAUAGUGUGUUCGUAUACACCCAUCUACCUGUGCGCUGCCACUACUGAAAAACUCUAAUCUAACUUUAUUCCUAGGCCCAGUUUGCCAGCUUCCUUUCAACUUUGUUGUUGUUGUUGUUGUUGUUGUUGUUGUUGUUUUUGAUUUAGAGCAGAGAUGAUGAUGGAUGGCUGAUUUUCGCAGCAUUGUGCCUGCUCCCAGGGAUGACUUUCUCCACUUGUGCGGCACGUAGCCCGAGCCAUGGCACUGCUGCAUUUCGCAGGAUGCGUAAGAGGAAGACCAAAACGGGGUUCGCCUGAGGCAGCGUUAGCCUCCGGCUAAGAGCAUGCCUCCACACGUUCCUCUGCCCUCACGCUCCGGCACACGUGAUUAUUAAAAAAGAAAUGGGCAGGGCAGGGUGUGGGCAGAAAAGAGACGUGACUCAGAAGAAACUGAGUCUCAACGUGUUAUCAAGGCGCUUAGCGACUGCGUAGCCCUCUUUUUGGUAUCCUGCCAUUAGGCAAGACUGGUCGGACUGGGUCCCCUUGUGCUCCUUAUUAUACAAUAAAUGCUAGGCUGCUGCUAGCAGAAACAGCCAAAAGGUUGAACAUUUCUGCCCAAGGACAGGGCAGAUCUUUUUAAAUAAUAUCUCACUCCUACCUUUGGCUAAUUUGUUUCAUUAGGAGCUGCCUGGUCCAGUGGGGUUUUUUGUUCCAGUUUCCCCUGUGAAGGAUAGGUGCAGUUCACUGAAAACGAGACACAAAUGUUGUUAAAAUAGUGCUAGGCAUUGAGUGAGCUGAAAGAUGUCAUCUGGCAUCUGGAGUUGCUCUGGCCCAGCUUUACAGGAUAUUCCUUUACCCCAUGCUCCAGGCUGCUGGUGAGCUGAGGAGGACACGGUGUUUCUGCGGUCCUUAGGGAGAGGCAGGAGAAGACUGUGACACAAGGGCUUUGGACAGAUCUGAACGCGAGAACAUGACUGGGCAGAGCAGAAGAGCCAUAUGUACUGUGUCCAGUUAAUUCUGAUUUUUAAUCUUAACUUCUUAGAUAACGGGUGAGAUUAACGAUGGAAUUUGGACUGGAAGUGCCAUGUAACAGGCUGAUUGCUUGAAAUAUCCGGCCGUGUCUGUCGUAAGAGAAUUAAAUAAGCUGAUCCGCUUCAUUUCUUGCUGAUUCAUCUGGCCUAGCUGGUUGGCCUCCUGCGUGUGUCCAUUCCUCGUCUCUGCUGUGCCAGGAACAGUGCAAUAACGAACACUGCCGGCGAUGCUGGGUUAUCGAAGGAGGAGGCGGCGAGGGCCAUCUGAGCACGCCGAGGGAUGGGGACAUCAGCAUGCACGCCCUCCUUGACCAGUUUGCUUCUGAUCUUAAUGCAGCCUUCAGCUCCUGCAUCACCUGGAUACCCACAACUUCACAGAUUUAGAAUUGGGCUCCAUCUAGUGAUCUUCUUGUGGAAGAGGCUUUAUGAACAGCUUCAGUGCUGCUGGUCAAGUAGCCGUAUGUAGCCGUGGAGUACAAAAGCGAUGGUAAGAACUCUAUGAUGGAAACAUAACAUGUAAAUGUGCCUCAUUUGACAGCUCCGUAUUUCUGCUCUGUGGAAACAUCGCAGGUGUUAAGCCCAGUACAGAUACUCAGUAUCACUCAGUAUGUUACUCCCCUGGCUAUCUCACUCUGAUGCAGUGAUUUUCAACCUGCAGUUAUUAGACCUGGGCAGCUCUGUUGAUUAGUCCAAAGGAUCUGUGGAAGAUGACAAGUAAAUCAAAGUAGUUAAUGUGUACGUGAAUCAAUUAAAGGAAAGUGGAAGUUUCCAUCAGUGGAAACUUCUUAGGGGCCUACAUUGAAACAUGUUCUAGCUGAUGACUGGACUGUUUUAUAGACAAAAUAUAUUAGUGGUCAGUUUUAAACUGGGGCUAUUCAGCACUACUCCAUCACUCUAACUGAAAAUUUUGCCUCUUAUGAGCAUUGCUGAUGCUCAUGGUAAUGCCCAACACAGGGAACAGAACAAGGCACCUGGUUUGCCUUGCCCCACACCUCGUGUCCUUACCUGUCCAUGGUCACUAUAAAUUGCUGCCAUGCCAACAAAUCAGGUGUUCACACACAGUUUAUGCUGAUAUGACUCCCCAGCGUUCAGCAUUGCAGAAUUAGGACUUUGCAAAGGCAGUUGCAAGCAAUAUUGUUAUAUAAAGGGCAUAAAUAAUGUUGUAUAAAUGGGAUGGAGUUGGUGAGCGAUAGGAUUUGGUUACCAAAGUCAUCAAAGAGAGCUCACAAUAAAGACAGGGAGGUAGCAAAUCCCGAAAGGGUGAACCGCAGUUGGUCCCUUAGGAAAGCUCACCAACCCAACAGCACCAUCUACUGAUGCACAUGUGCUAGGGAACGCUGGUGGCCUGGUUCCCCUUUCACUGAGGAUAAGCCGUGUCCUAGUGCUCUCCCUGCACCAGGGAGCCCAGGACUCAGAGGACAGCAACCAUUAGUUCGCCUGAUUCUGAUUUAUAAUGUCUUUCAACCUUAUGCUCUCUUAUGCCAGUGGGUUUCGGGUGACAAUGAUCCCUUAAGAAUCCUGGAGUGGGUGUUUCUAGCACAUGUUUUCUCGAAGACUGUGACCACUGGGAUAGAGAUGAUGGCGCUGCUUAUCCAGAAAGGACGCCAUCGUUUGCAAAGCCUUUUGGCGCAAGAUCCGGCUAGUAUCUCUAUCCCACUGGCCAAGCAGGACUUCAGGUUUUGCUUCCAGCAGAGUCUCUCUCUCCAAGCUGCACUUGUGGGUUUUGAAGGGGAGCUUAGCUUCUCCAUUCCCCGGCACAAGCUGCUUCAUUCGCUGCAAACCCUGCCUUUACAGCUCAAGACUCAUCUUUCUCGUGUACCUCUCCCUCAGGCUUUAACUGCCUUUCUUGAUGGGUCAGGGCUGUCUGGGAAGGCAGUGGUCUCAUGGAAGAAUGAUCAAGGGGGAAGGGAGUCUGACAUUACGCAUGUCAAGGGUUCUACACAGAUAGUCGAGUUAGCAGCUGCUGUUCGAGCCUUUACACUGUUCAAGGCACAGCCUCUGAAUGUUGUUGCUGAUUCUCUUUACGUUACGGGCAUUAUCCAGCGCCUGGAACGAUCCUUUUUAAAAACUCUGACGAACGAACAGUUGGUUCUUCUUUUGAAGCAACUGUUGUUUUUGUUGGAGCAAAGAGAGCAUGACUAUUUUGUUUUAUGUGUUCGCUCUCAUACCAAUCUACCUGGACCGAUUGCCCAAGGCAAUCACGUUGCUGAUCAUUUUACAGCAGCUGUGUUGACACCUAACACCUAUCAACAGGCCAAAAUAUCCCAUGAUUUUUUCCAUCAAAAUGCUAAGGCACUACAGAAAACUUAUCAUAUUACUAGGGACCAGGCUUAGAAUAUUAGUCGAAGUUGCCCUGAUUGCCAAGAUGUAUCCCCGUUACCACCCUACUCAGGAAUCAACCUUCGAGGCCUGCAACCUUGUAGUAUCUGGCAGACAGACAUUACCCAUUAUCCCUCAUUUGGAAGACUGAAGUAUGUUCACGUCUCUGUAGAUACCUUUUCCCAUUACGUUGUCGCUACUGCCCAUGUUGAGGAGAAGAGCCGUGAUGUUUGUCGUCACUGGCUUGCCUGUUUCACCGUAAUGGGGGUUCCUGCUCAAAUUAAGACUGACAAUGGUCCCGCAUACACGGCACAACGAACAUGGGCAUUUCUUCAAACUUGGGGGGGCCACUCAUGUGACCGGAAUUCCCCAUUCCCCAACUGGCCAGGCAAUAGUGGAACGUACCCAUUGUACCCUGAAAGAAAUGCUUGAAAAACAAAAAAGGGGGAAUAGCCCUGGCACUUCCCCACAAGAGCAACUCUGGAAGGCUUUAUAUGUUCUUAAUUUCUUAAACCAUUAUAUGGACCAGAGUGCAGUUAAUAAGCAUUUCUCAUGUCCUACAGGGCGAGAACGACCUCGAGUUCGCUACAGGAACCUGGAAACAGGUCAAUGGAGUGAACCAGUAGAUCUAAUAACGUGGGGGAAAGGUUACGCUUGUGUUUCCACAGGUAACGGGCCUCGCUGGAUACCUGCACGACCGAUUCGACCUGUUGAUGUAUUCCUCGGGAUACCAAACGAGGGCUGAGAGCCAGUUAAGAUGAACCCAUAUUGGGGUAUUUUCGGCAGUAUUUGCCUGCCUUGUGCAGGAUCACUAUUAGUUCACAGAAGUUUAUUGCACUUACAUGAUUGCACUGAUAAGUUGUAGAUAGAAUAUAGUAGCACCUCACUGAUAAGUUAUAGAUAGAAUCAGAGUGGAACCCUUUUAAGGGAUACAACUGGACGUUAGGUUUGGGGGCAUAAGUUAAGAGGGCACUGACAUGUGAAUUGGUAAUCUUGGUAAGAUUUCUAACCCUUGUUAUCUGUCUCCCCUACCUGACAAGCUUUAAGUUUAAUAAAUAAAAAGCGGGCAUAUGUUGGGGACCAAGAUUGAAUGAUGCUGUGUAAGACAGCGGAGAAUCUCUAAGGCAGAAAGUAAUGAUGUGGUAACUAUGAUUUGUGGCCAGAAUCGGUGCACGUGAGUUGCCAGUGAUCAUGUGCCUUCCUGCCUACGUGUCAGCAGCUGCGGUGGGCCUGUCCUGCUGGACUGUCCUGCCCGCCUGCCAGGCAUCAGAAGACAUCUUCCUACCUAUCACAAGAUGCCACAGUGCCAAGGAGAAACUUGGAGGAGUGGCUGAGCUUGAUUGCUAUAUAACCAGCCAUUGUGUUUUCAAUAAAGGAUCUUUUGCACUACCCUA